AGAUGAGCGGAGCCAGCCGGAAAACUCUUUGACUGUGUGACUCAGAGCAACAGAAGUUACAGAUCUGACACGCCAAACCACCAUCUGUCCGUCUGUCCAUCUGUCUGUCUUCCGGUCUCAGAGACAUCUGGAACUCUUCCAUAUGGGAACUUCCUCUGGACUCUACUGAACACAUCAGACCUGAGGGACACAGACAAGAAUACCGAGACACACAUCGGAAUACUCACCACGCUCUACAAAGAGACCACAAGGAAUAUUAAGCACAGGGAGAUUUAAACUUACUCCACACACAAGAACACACUACAAACACCGGAGACACAAACCCACAUCGGAAUAGUGACCGCACUUUACAGAGGGACGACAACAAGGAUAACACACCGGAAUACUGACAACACUCCCCAGAGACUCGGGAAUACAAGUACAAACCAGGAGUGGAGGAAUACUCCAGGAGGAAAAAGGACAGAAACGUGUAUUUUUUAUCUGAUGAACUGAAUAACAACCUAUCCGCAUGGGGAGGACUUGUACAUUAUUCCUGGAGAGAGAGAGGCAGAGAAGGAGGAGGUAGAAAAAGGGAGUGAGAGAAAUAGAGAGGUGUAAUGACCAAGGUGGGGGGUUCAGCACUAUUUUUUCACUUUUUAAAACCCUUUCACACUGCUUUCUCUCCUCCACUGAGCGGACUUCUCAUCACUCUGUUCUCUCCUCAUCAGACCAGCAGGGAGCGAGGGAGACAGGCAGGCUGACACAGAGCUAAAAAGCAGUAAGGCGCUGACAUGGCUGUUCCUCCAGGACAGCCACCUCCUUCUCCGCAAUCUCCUCCUCUUUUCCUCCUCUUCCUCCUCUUCCUCUCCUCCCCUCCUCCCCUCCUCUCUCGCCCUCUCAUCCCUCAUCCCUCUAUUAACGUGGCGGUGGUGUUCUGUGGCUCUGCUUACCAGAAUGAGGUCAGGGGUCAUUUGAGCAGAGAGAACUUCGCUGAUCUUCCCCUAGAAGUGAACCCGGUCACUGUUCUGGUUAACGACACCAACCCUCGUGCCCUGCUGACGAGUCUCUGUGAAACUAUGGCGACAGAGAAACUGCAUGGGGUCGUGUUCGAGGACGAUGUGGGAUCAGGAGCUGGACCUCAGUUGGCAGAAGUGGCUCAGAUCCUAGACUUCCUGUCGACUCAGACAGCUCUGCCCAUCGUUGGCAUCAGCGGAGGAUCUACCGUCGUCAUACCUCACAAGGCUGAGGGUUCAACGUUUCUCCAGAUGGGUGCCUCCCUGGAGCAGCAGAUCGUCUGCAUGUUCAAGUUGAUGGAGGAGUAUGACUGGGGAGACUUUGUAGUCAUCACCAGCAUGUGGCCGGGAUAUGAGACGUUUGUAGACUACGUCCGCUCCUACACGGACACUUCCUACUUCCUGUGGAGGCUACAGGAUAUCCUGUCUCUGGAGAUGUCCGUCGGAACCAGUGACGUCCGAGCCAAACGCAUGUUACAGCAGAUUGAUUCCCAGGUGCUCCUGGCCUACUGUUCCUAUGAAGAGGCCCAGUACCUGUUCCAGGUAGCAGGGGAGGUGGGUCUACUGGGGCCUGGGUACAUCUGGAUCCUCCCCUCCCUUGCGUUGGGCAACACAGAGAGCCCUCCACCUAUCAGCUUCCCCAUAGGACUGAUUGGCGUCAUCACUGACCACUGGAGGAAGAGCCUGAGGCAACGUGUCAGAGAGGGAGUGGCCAUAGUGGCCAAAGGGGCGGAUAGUUUCAGAAGGUAUCAAGGGUUCCUUCCAGAGGGACACAGCGACUGCAACACACCAGUUACACACAUCAACAACAACACACUGUUCAGACACAUGCUAAACGUGACAUGGGAGCGUAAGGACCUGUCGUUCAACAGUGAUGGCUACCUGACCAACCCCUCCAUGGCCAUCGUCUCAUUGGACAGAGACAGACUGUGGGACAAGGUGGGUACAUUAGAGCGGGGUAUCCUCCAGGUGCGUUACCCGGUGUGGCCUCGCUAUGGCACUUUUCUCGAGACGGUAUCAGAUGACCGCCACCUGACGGUAGCCACUCUGGAGGAGAGGCCCUUCGUCAUCGUAGAAAACGUGGACCCAGACACGGGCACCUGCGUACGCAACACCGUGCCUUGCCGACGCCAGUCCAACCGCACCGAGAGUAUUGUGGGCCACUCAGAGCCCUACACCAAGCUGUGCUGUAAGGGGUUCUGUAUAGACAUUCUGAAGAAGCUGUCUCGCACCAUCAAGUUCUCCUACGACCUCUACCUGGUCACUAACGGGAAACAUGGAAAGAUGAUCGGCGGCAUCUGGAACGGCAUGAUCGGAGAGGUGUUCUAUAGAAAAGCAGACAUGGCCAUAGGUUCUCUCACCAUAAACGAGGAGCGUUCUGAGAUCAUCGACUUCUCCGUGCCCUUCGUUGAGACGGGCAUCAGCGUCAUGGUUGCCCGUAGCAAUGGGACUGUCUCCCCCUCCGCCUUCCUUGAGCCCUAUAGCCCAGCGGUGUGGGUGAUGAUGUUUGUAAUGUGCCUGACUGUGGUCGCUGUGACUGUAUUCGUGUUCGAGUACUUCAGUCCUGUCGGCUACAACCGAAGCUUGGUCAGUGCCAAAGUAUCGUUCCAGAAGCCUCAGGAGCACUACCCUCCAUUCCGUUUUGGGACAGUCCCCAACGGCAGCACAGAGAGGAACAUCAGAAGUAACUACCCUGACAUGCACACACACAUGGUCAAAUACAACCAGAAAGGAGUGGAGGAUGCCCUCAACAGCCUCAAGACAGGGAAGCUGGAUGCAUUCAUCUAUGAUGCUGCGGUGUUGAACUACAUGGCAGGGAAGGACGAGGGCUGUAAGCUUGUGACUAUCGGCUCUGGGAAAGUGUUUGCCACGACAGGCUAUGGUAUCGCCCUGCAGAAAGAUUCCAGAUGGAAACGACCCAUUGACCUGGCCUUACUUCAGUUUCUGGGAGACGGUGACACCCAGCGCUUGGAGACAGUCUGGCUGUCAGGCAUCUGUCAGAAUGAGAAGAACGAGGUGAUGAGUAGUAAGCUGGACAUAGAUAACAUGGCCGGGGUCUUCUACAUGCUACUGGUGGCCAUGGGGCUCAGUCUGCUGGUGUUCGCCUGGGAACAUCUACUCUACUGGAAACUACGCAAGAAACUAGACAAGUCUCCUCGCAUGGACUUCCUGCUCGCUAUCAGCAGGGGUAUCUACAGUUGCUUCAACGGGGUGGAGGAACCAGACCACCCUAACCUGGCAAACCCAGAUCUGACAGCUAACUACGCCCAGGCUAACAUGCUUAAGAUGCUACGCACCGCUAAAGACCUGGUCAACUCCGCCCAGGUCGAAACCUCACUGGACCACGCCACCAAGACCAUAGAACACUGGGGUCGCCAUGGCGGCAACCUGCCAGUCCACAUUCCACAGCAGGUCACCACGGAAAUGGUUCCGGGAGGGUUUGCUUAUGUCACAGAGAAUACACACACACACCUGCCCCCCGAGCGCCCCCUCAGCCAGCAAUACUGCACGCUGGGUGUAGUGACUUCUCUGAAAAGGCAGAAGGGGCUGGCGAGACCCACGCCGCUACGAUACACGCUCCCGGCUCGCACUUCCUCUCUCUACGACAGACCACUUUCUGUUUCUAGUCUCAGUAGCUCUCACCUUGACCUGGCUGGGGGGGACCCCCUCUCUUCCUACUCUCAACCCUCCACAGGUAGGCUGUAUGUGGAGCCCCAGCACCUAUCCCACCUCCGCUCUCCUUUCAUCCCCUAUAGUGAGCUUCAGCUGCCAGACAUCUACCCCUUCUCUCACCGCCCCUCUGCCAUCUCCCAUCCAUCGCACACAGAGCCCUACAGAAAGAAUAGGAGGAGCAAGAGCCUCCUCUCAGGGGAGUCAGGAGGAGGAGGAGUAGGAGAGAGGAGGAGGCGCAGGGAGGAGAAGACGGUGUGUCUGGCUGAACUCCGGGCCAACCACCUCCAGGAGAACAACAUCUCACCCCAGAUGCCUGACUCCCUGUACCCAGGAGCGGUGCUCUGUCCUGGGGGAGAGGGCUGGGUUGGCUCCUGGCCUCUUCCCCUGGAGGAGCUGGUUCUGGCAGGCAGACGGAGGCUCCACCGACGGCCAUCUUUCCUCCGAGCCACCUGGGGGAGUGAGCGGAUUCUCCAGCCAGACGAAACGCCGCCUAUAUCCCUUGAUAGCCAAUCACAUUCUGCUUUACCAGACCUGUUCCCCUGCGUCAUGGCCGAACAAGAAACUCCCAUUAAACUCUACAACCCCGCCCCCCUCCGGAACAACCUAUGCUACCCUGCCACCUCAACUCGCCAGCAUGCGUAUCUCCAUAUAAGGCAGGACCAGAGGAAAGGGAACGGACGUAAGAAGCUGCGGUACUCAAACUCCACCCACCUGCCCACCUACAGGGAGGCCGUGCUGGGGGGCCAGGGAGGCGGAGGGGGGGUAGGCCUUGGGGUGGUCCGGAGAGCCACCAACCUGCUCAGCAGACAGUACUCCCACUAUCUAACCUCCUACCCUGGGCUGCCUCUCUACCAUGGCCCCCUGGACCUCCAGGCCCAUUCCCAGGCAUCCAGCAACCACCCCAGCCCCGGUAUAUACCCUAGUCCUAGCCCAGUAUGCCAGCCCCUGCCCUGUGGAGGUGGCUAUCGAGGCCAGAGGGGGUUGUUGUACCAGGACAGUCUGUAUGGUGCCUAUGGGGCCUAUGGAGCCUACCGAGGGGACCAAGAUCCGGGCUUAGAGCCCCAGAAAGGAGAUGGCUCGGUAGGCUUGAGGUCUGAGGACAGAUCCUGUGUGACCCGGCCCUGGGGACGCGUCUCUAGUCUGGAGUCAGAGGUCUGAGAGACACAGACAAACACUACAGACAUUAUAUGCUGGAAUUUAUACUAUAGAAUAUAAGAUUCGACUUCCACAUUGAAGAUUUGUGAUCCACAGUGACCGUUUCGGAGGGGGGUGGGAUAUGUCUCACACACAGAAACAGGUACACAAAGGAUUUGUACAGUAAAGGUGGUAAGCUGAGGGGUAGAUAGGUUGGACAGUUGAACUUCCUUAUUCCUUAUUGAAGAGACAAAGUAGAGUGUUUGACUGAAUGUUAAUUGGCCAUUUUGGAAAAGCAUGAAACUGAAAGGAUGUGUAGUGGAGGUGACUGUACUGUAGCUAGCUCAGUCUAGCACAGUGACGUCCCCUUUUCUCAAAAGGUUUACACUCUUAGAAAAAAAGGUGCUAUCUAGACCCUAAAAUGGUUAUUCGGCUGUCCCCACAGGAGAAGCCUUUGAAGCACCCUUUGAUUUUGAUGGAAUGUUGAUUUUACUUGCUGCUUUCAAACAUUAUAUUCCUGUGUUCUGUGCAUUGUAUUACGUGGCCACGAUGUACAGAGUCAGUAUUGUUGCUGUGUGGGACAGAUGCUCUCAGAGAUGUCACAUAGCCCAGAGAGCUGUGUUUUUGUGUUCUGUGUGUGUGUGCUAUGUGUGUUCUGUGUGUUUUCAGCCCUUGCUGGGUUAUUUCCGAGCCCUUCUCCACUGAGCCGAGCGAGAGGGGAACAUAUCUUCAGCUCUGCAUCUAAGCAAAAAACCUCCCACAACCAUACACACUUACAAGAUCACAGUUACCUGUAUCUAUUGACUGCUAUGUACAAGGCCAUGACAACCCAGCUAUGUUUAUAAGUAUGAAUACAGUUAAAGUUAUCAGAACUCAGGAUACGACCCAAAUGCGGACAGUUCGAAUCACAGAUGUUUAUUAACAAAACAGGGGUUAGGCAGAUGACAGGUCAAGGGCAGGCAGAGGUCGGUAAUCCAGGGCAGAGUCAGUAAGGUACAGAACAGCAGGCAGGCUCAUGGUCAGGGCAGGCAGAAUGGUCAAAACUAGAAAAACAGGGGCUGGAGAGAAACAGGAGUACGGGAAAAACACGCUGGUAGACUUGGCGAGAUAAGACAAACAGGCAACAGACAAACAGGAAACGCAGGUAUAAAUACACAGGAGUUAAUGGGGACAAAUGGGAGACACCUGGUGGGGGGUGGAGACAAGCACAAGACAUGUGAAACAGAUCAUGGUGUGACAAAAGUAUCUGGAGAAGAAUUACAAUAAAAAGGUUUCCGUUGUAGAUAUGAACACACUGUAUAUUGAUAAGGAAUACGGACAGCUUAGGGUUGGAUACAAUCCCAAUUGUGGAAGUAUCGAGAAAGAUCUGCAUUAAAAUAUAAAUAACAUUUUCCGAUUUAGAAAACAUAUGCAGCGUUUACCGUAAGUGCAGUCUCCACAAAUGUGGGAACAUUGCCUAUAAUGAGCUAUAACGCUGAUCUUCCGCAAUACUUCGGGGAUAUGUUGAAUCCAGCCCUUAGUGUGUGUAUCUACAGUGCAAUAAAAACGUUUCAGCUGUAGAAGUGAUCCUAACUCAGAAGCUAUAUAAUCCUGGAUGUUGAUCUACGGUGUUCCCACUCUGAUGGUUAAGGUAAGGUUUUUGGGAAGGUAGUCUAAUACUAGAUCUGUGCCUACUCUGAGCACCUCACACUGGAUGGAUGAUACAUCCACAGCAGCAAACAAUCUAAUAGGGCUUCUCAUCAGAUUUACAGAGCAUUCGGAAAGUAUUCAGACCCCUUUACUUUUUCCACAUUUUGUUACGUUACAGCCAGGAUUAAAUAG